AUGAAUUUGGAAGUGGAACCACCGUGCAAAAAGAAGAAACAGGAGGAACCAUCUCAUCCAUCGUUUUUGUCGCUUCCAGAUGUAAUCAUUCUGAACUGCUUAGCACGCGUAUCGAAAUCGUACUACCCUAAACUCUCCCUAGUCUCGAAAACCUUUCGCUCUCUCAUCUUAUCCAUCGAGCUCAACCACGCGCGAUUUCACCACAAAACAAAUGAAAUCUCCUUUCAUGUCUGCUUACAGCUUCCUGACCGUCCUCUUCCCUCAUAUUGGUUCACCCUCUUGAUUGACCUAGAGAUGAAGAAGUCUACCUUGGCACAAGUGCCCUCUAUCUAUGCUCCUAUAGUACCACGGAUAAUGCUUACGGUUGCUUCACAAGUCUAUGCACUUAGACAAUUCUAUCAUCCUUCCCCUGUCAUGAUUGUCCGCAAUAAAGAGAAUCUUCUAUGGCGUAAAGCUCCCAGUUUGACCGUAGCUCGAUCGAAUCCUGGUGCGUGCGUCCUAGAUGGUAAGAUAUACGUAGUGGGAGGUUGCACGGCAAAUGAUUGUUGGGGUGAGGUUUUCGAUACGAAGACUCAAACAUGGGAACCUUUACCUGACCCUGGAACCGAGCUACGCUUCUCUUCAGUCAUAAGAAAGUUAGAGAUUAUCCAAGGAAAGAUUUACGUUAGGAGCAACGAGGAAAAAGACUCAGUUUAUGAUCCGAAAAAACGUGAAUGGAACGUUGCAGCAAAAGCACUCGUGGGUGAUAGUAGGUGUACGAUAGGUAAUCUAUUAUACUCUUGUGGUACGAAAAGUUGCAUGUGGUACGAUAGAGAGUGUAAAGAGUGGAAACCGGUCAAGGGUUUGUCUUCACUGAAUAAGAGUUGUCGUCGUGGUUUGAUUGAAACAGUUAACCUCAAUGGGAAACUCAUAGUCUUGUGGAACAAGUUUGCGCGGCCUGGUCCUCAUUGUCAAAAUAAGACUAUUUGCUGUGCGUUAGUUGCGCUUGAAAAGCGCCAAGAUGGUCAAGUUUGGGGAAAUGUUGAAUGGUCUAAUGCUGUGCUUAGGGUUCCCAGUUCAUACCUUUUCUUGCGUUCUUCACGAAUGUUGUCUUGAAUCAAUU